AUGAAUACCAACAACUUAUUUAUAUUAUUGUUUGCGAAUAUUGUACUAUCAGCGGCUGAAAAUCCACUGCUAGUUGCUACAGGAAAUUCCGGUAAGAUACCAGAAAGCGCGGAAUGCAUUUUAAAAUUGUCCACUAAAUAUUUGGUAGAGAAGAAAGCGCUCCGCGGCAGCAUUGUAAUAUUCGCCAUAGAUUCAAUUCCAUCAAAAACUGAAAUCCUGCUAUUAAAAACGAUUCACAGCGGUAUAAAAUAUUCAAUUAUGACAAAAAAUUCAUAUCGCAAACACGCCAACGCUUCUCACUUCCCGGAGAAAGCUAAGAAUUAUUUCUUGAUUCUGAAAAAGAAAUCUCAGCUGACGUAUCAGUUAAUGUUGUUGAGUCAUUUGCCUUCUUUUAAUCCAUUAGCUAAAGUUAUAGUUUAUUACCAUCUGAGAUUAAGAGAAAACAGCGAAAGAGUGUCUAUUUGGUUAAUAAAUAAACUUCGAGACUACAGAAUAUAUAAGACGAUUGUCUUUUUAUAUUCCCCUAUUAAUGAGGAAAUCACGUCUUACUCCUGGACUCCCUAUACGGAGACGAAUUGCGCUGGCAAAUGUGAUUCUGUAUACAUUCUAGACAAAUGUAAAGAUAAUAACGUAACACAAUUUAAUGCUCAAAGAGAAAUGUUUCCAUUAGACUUAAAAGGGUGCCCCUUGGCACUAUAUGCUGUUAUUUCUGAGCCGUAUGUCCUACCGCCUGAAAGAAAAGUCACGCACGAAAGAUGGAACGACGUAUAUGAAUUUCAAAAAGGUGGAGAGAUUAAUCUCGUCAAAAUCAUAAGUCAAUUUACAAAUAUGAGUGUAAUAUUUCGAAUGUCGACUAAAGAAGACAACUGGGGUGAAGUUUAUAAGAACGGGACGGCCACUGGAGGGUUUGGUUUAUUGAGGAAUGAUUUCGUUGACCUUUUCAUCGGUAACAUCGAAGUGACAAAAACAAUACGUAAGUGGUUUCAUCCUACAGUCAGCUACACACAGGAUGAAAUGACCUGGUGCGUACCUAAAGCCAAACAAGCCGCUACUUGGGAUAAUCUCAUUAUAAUAUUUCAAUGGUCCACAUGGGUUGCUACCUUUUUAAGUAUUUUACUAAUGGGUCUCACUUUUCAUUAUUUACGUUACAAAGAACAAACCGGUAACGCAACGAAAUGGCCGACGUAUUCAAUUCUAAUGACCAUCAGUAUGCUGCUGGGGAACGGUACGAGAUUCGAAGCCAAGUCCUCUCCGUUCAGAAUCUUAAUAUUCGGUUGGCUCUGUUUCAGUCUUAACAUGUCGAUAUCAUACGAAUCAUUUCUGAGAAGCUUCUUAAUGCAUCCGCGAUUUGAGAAACAGAUAAGCAAUGAGCUAGAUCUCAUUCAAUCUGGAAUGCCUUUGGGAGGUAGAGAGAUUUAUAGAUCCUAUUUUGAGACUAAUAAUGCCAGCGGAUCUUAUCUGUAUCGCAAAUAUAACUCAACAACGUUCUCAGAGGGAAUAAGACGGGCCGCUUUGGAACGGAAUUUCGCUGUUGUAUCAUCGAGGAGGCAAGCCGAAUACAUGGAUCAGAAAUUGGGCAAAGGUGCAGCUUUAAUAUACUGCUUUCCUGAGAGUAAUAAUCUAUACAAAUACGGAGUUGUUUUAUUGGCUAGAAAAUGGUUUCCGAUGCUGGAGAGGUUCAAUAAUAUUAUACGGAGGGUUUCUGAAAAUGGUUUGAUAAAUAAAUGGAAUGAGGAGUUGUUUAUUCACAGGAUAGGCUCCGAUGGUACAAGUACUAUAGUACCGUUAACUAUCCAACAUUUGUUAGGAGCUUUUAUGUUGAUUGGUAUUUUGUACGUGGUUAGUGUUAUAGUGUUUAUCGCUGAGAUAGUAGUAGGUUCAAUUGUUAAGGGAAAGUGGAAAAUAAAUAACAAACCUUGGCUGUUUAAGAGAAAUUAA